AUGUCACUUGCAGCUUCUGCUUCAGCUCUCAAAAUCCACUAUGAAGCACGUGACGAUGAUUUCAAGAGACCUUUUGUGAAAUAUAGUCCCAACAUUUGGGGCAAUAUCUUCCUUCAAUUUGAUUCCGAUCCCCUGGAAGUUUAUGAUAAUACGAGGCAACAAGAUCAAGUAUAUAAGGAAAAAGUGAGGAUGUACCUAUCUUCAAGUAAUAACAUCCUAGAAAAAUUAAGUAUUAUCGACUCAAUGCAGCAAUUGGAUAUUUCUUAUCAUUUUGAGGAUGAAAUUGGUGAAGCAUUAGAACAAAUCUACAAUGAUCUUGCCAAAAAUAGGUUUAACCUAAAAGAAGAAAACCUUCAUUUUCAUUCGUUACUUUUUCGUUUACUCAGACAAAAAGGAUUUCAUAUUUUAUCAGAUAUAUUUAACAAAUUCAAGAACAACAAAGGCAAGUUCAAUAAUGAAAUGAUUGGCCAAGAUGUUCAAGGAAUGUGGAGUUUAUAUGAAGCUGCACAAUUAAAUAUUCAGGGAGAAGAUAUAUUAGAAGAAGCAAUUGAUUUCACAUAUGCUAAUCUUAAGUCCAGGAUCAUGAUGAAUAAUCAUCAAUUGAGCCCAACUCUUGCUACACACAUUGAUCAAUGCUUAAGGCAACCUCUUCACAGGGCAAUUCCAAGAGUAAAGUCAAGGUCUUACAUAUCUCUCUAUGAAAAAGAUCCUUCUCAUAACAAAGAUCUUUUAGCCUUUGCAAAAUUAGAUUUUAAUAUGCUACAGAAAAUGCACCAAAACGAAGUUGGCAGUAACACCAAGUGGUGGAGAGAAUUAGAGAUGGCUAGAAAAGUUCCCUACACUAGAGAUCGUGUGGUGGAGGCAUACUUCUGGUCACUAAUAAUUCCUGAGCCCAAAUAUAGCAUUCAUAGAAGAAUAUUGGGCAAAUUGAUCACAUGCAUUGCUACUCUAGAUGACACUUAUGAUAACUAUGGCACAAUUCAAGAACUUGAGCUCUUCACUCAGGCAAUGCACAGAUGGGAUAUGGGUCAUAUCGAAUCUCUUCCAGAGUGCAUGAAAGUGGCAUUUAGUGUGGCUCUAAAACUAUGUGAUGAGAUAGAGUUGGAGACUGCAAAGAAUGGAAAAUCCACCCUGGUGCUUCAAUAUGUCAAACAAGCUUUUUUCAAUUUUGUACAAGGUUAUUUAGUUGAAGCAAAAUGGUGUGAUGAGAAGUAUGUUCCAACAUAUGAGGAGUACAAGAUUAAUGGAAUUGCAACUUCAACAUGCGCACUUCAAAUGACAAUAUUAAUUGGUUUGGGAGAAUUUGCAACAAAAGAUAUCUUUGAUUGGAUUUUGAAUAAUCCAAAAGUCAUGAAAGCUGUAUCACUUAUUGCCAGACUCAUGGAUGACUUAGGCACACAUAAGGUUGAACAAGAAAGAGAACAUGUUGCUUCUGCAGUGGAAUGUUGCAUGAAACAAUAUGAUGUUUCAGAAGAAGAUGCAUAUAAACUCAUUCAAAAUGAAAUUAAGGGUUAUUGGAAGGAUAUAAAUGAAGCUUGCCUAAUCAAUUUAGAUCACAUUCCAAAGCACGUGCUUGAUUUAAUUCUUGGCUUGGCACGUGCGGUUGAGUUCACAUACUCAAAUUUAGACGAUGCCAUGGGAAACUUUGAGGAUAAAUUUUCAAACGGACAACUUUCCAAAGAUUAUGUUGUUGCACUACUUUUGGAUCCUAUUGUCUCUUAA